AACAUACAGACAUAUAUAUCCAUAUCCGAUCGUAUGUAAAUGGGUGGUUGGCUGCUCUGCCAGCACCUGUCAUUUAGGCCGCUUUUGGAGGCAAGUGUUUGACAAUUUGGAGCGCCAAUUAGCCAGGCCAGCUGUGGUCUUCUACGCCCCAAAAACUAUAAAACCUUCGAGUCUAUCCAAGCUAGUGCAUAUUCAGUUUUUGGAUCUUGUGGCAGCAGCAAUCUCUUCUGAAAUGCAAAUGUUGAUUCUCGUAUCGCUGGGACUGCUGGCCAGUGUGGCAGCCAAGCCAGCUGUGGAUCCAGCAUUGUUUCCUUCGGCAUCUCCUUUCGGACUCUAUCCAGGAUCAGGUGCACCUUUUGCUAGCGCCUAUGCUGCUGGUCCCUUUGCUGGCGCUCCUUUGUAUAAUCCUUUGGGUGCAUCUCCUUUGGCCGUAUCCAGCAGCCAGCGCUUGGACUACUUUAACCAGUUUAACGCCGCCUUUGCUCCGACUGCUCCUGCCCGCAUCUUGGCUAGUGCUCCAUUCCCUGCAACUGGCGCCCGAAUCAUUCAGCCAACUCGUUUCCUUGCUCCUGCAGUGCCAGCACCACUUUUCUUUUAGAAAGCCCUGAAAUUCUUCCUUACCUAUCGUUUUAUUUAUAAAUAAAAGUACAAGUUGGUUAA